GGCUGAGCUCAAACAAACUUCACUUGAAUUUCCUUCGUUUAUCUCUGCUUCACUGCUCUGGCUCCGGCUCCUGCUUACCAAGGCCAAUGCAAGGAGUAUAUUGUGCGUGAUAUCAAUAGCUAAGACGAUGGAAUCACUGGAAUAUAAAGCCAUCAGCAGCUGCAGAGAGGAGCUGGCUAGUCUACUCUCCACUUGUCUUGAAGAAGUGACUGGUCCGUUACGCCAGAGCGAAGCACUAACUGACAAACGAUACAAGACUGUCAUCGGACUCGAAGAUGGCGCCGGUGCUGUUAUGCUUAUCAAGGAUUUCUUGGUCUUCACCAAAACUUCCCCAUUGCAUUGUUAUGUUGAAUUCAUGACAGCAUUCUUAUGUCGCGGCUGAAACACGAAGGCCUCACUGUGUUUGUUGGCGAACGUAGCAUUCGGCCUGGGGACAAAUGGCCAUUUGAGAUUUCUUCCGCCAUCAAAAUCUGCAAAGCAUUUGUCGUUAUGCUCACUAAGGAAUACAUGAAGUCCGUGUACUGCAAUGGAGAGCUGUACGAAGCAGAAGCUCUUGGCAAGCGUUUGUUCCCAGUGGUGUGUGAGGAUGGUUGGGGAGAUGUGCCUGGAGGUGCUCCUGUGAUUGAGGUGUUGAAGGUCUUUCAGGAUGUGUCUCUAGUGAAAGGAAAUAAGGAGAAGCAACUAACAAGACUGGUCCAUAGUAUCAAAGGAGCUGUGGCACCUUUAUCGCCUUUAUCACCUGUUGCCGUAGCUCCAGAUUCACCUAAUCUACCCACCGAUCAUGCUGACGGAGCUACAUCCGAGAGGAAACAAUCGUUAAUAGCUGAUGCUAAAUUUGUUGCCUGGAAGGAAAAGCUUGGGCCAAAGCUGUCUCUAGAAUUCAGGCAAUAUGAUCUAAUUCUAGUCGCUGGAUUAUUGGACAAAGUGGAGCCUUAUUUAGAUCAGUUCGGAUUAACAGAUGGUGAAAAGAGUGACGUACGUGCGAGUGCUCUGCUCAAUGGCACCCAGGUUGGAAUGGGUGCUGCUUUUUCAACAUGGAAGUCCCACCAACCUUGGCAGGCAACGUAUGGGGCACUACUGGAUAUUGUGUUCAGGCUGAAUAAAGUGAAGGUAGCUCUUGGACUGUGCGAAUUCCUAGACCAACUGCAAUGUUAGCAAUGUUAGCAAUUUAGCAAACUGCUUUAUUAAUUUUAUACAUUUUGUAGCUCUAUAUUAUGUAUAUAUAUAAUUAUUGUUAUUAUUGUUUCAGAGACUCAGUGUCAUGAGUGUGAAUAGA